UUUUUUUUUGUUUUCUUUGUUCCUUUUCUCUUCUUUACAUUAUGCCACCCUUCGACGCAGUUUUGGAGACCCUUUCCAAGCUUUCCAUUACACCAAAGACAGUUUCUCACGACGCCGUCAGUGACAACAAAGCAUGGGCCGAAGCCUUGACCAACACCAAGGACGUUACUUUUGAGAUCACCAAAACCUUGAUCCUGAAGCCCAAGACUGCCAAAACUGCUGCUCCUACACCAGUAGUUGUGAUUGCCUUGGAUUCUACCGAGACAAACGCUACUGCUCUUGGCAAGAAGCUUUCUCUUAAGGAUUGUCGUUUCGCCAAUGAAGAUUUAUUAAAAGAAACCUUCCAAGCCGAUAAAGCCAGUGUCUCUCCUUUUGCUUUAUCCAAUGUUCAAGAUCUUUCUUUGAUCCAUCUUGUGGUAGAUCAUGCUAUUUUGUCACUUGCUGGCUCUACCUUGUUGGCUUUCCAUCCUUCUGCUGCUGACAAGACUGUCUUUAUUAGUGUUGAUGAAUUGAAAUCUUAUUUGAGUUCCAUCCAAAAGGAAUUCAUCGAUGUUGAUUUCAAGGCUUUGGCUGCCGCUAAACCUGCUGCUGCUGAAGCCAAGCCUGCUAAUGUUCCCAAGGCUGCAAAGAAAGAAGCUGCUGCUGUUCCUGCUGAAGACUUUAACCAAAUGGGUCUUGGCUGCAAAAAGGAAGAAGAUUUCCCCAAGUGGUAUCAACAAGUAUUGACCAAGAGUGAAAUGUUGGAAUACUACGAUGUCUCUGGUUGUUACAUCCUUCGUCCUUCGGCUUACAAUGUGUGGAAGGAGAUCACCAACUUCUUCGAUGCUGCUAUUACUGAAAUGGGUGUGGAGGACACUUAUUUCCCCAUGUUUGUCUCUAACCGUGUCUUGCAGCGUGAAAAGGACCACAUUGAAGGCUUUGCUCCUGAAGUUGCUUGGGUCACCAAGGCUGGUAACAGCGAUCUUGAAGAACCCAUUGCCAUUCGUCCCACCUCUGAGACUGUGAUGUAUCCUUACUUCUCCAAGUGGAUUCGUUCUCACCGUGAUUUGCCCUUCCGUAUCAACCAAUGGUGUUCUGUUGUUCGUUGGGAGUUCAAGAACCCUCAACCUUUCCUUCGUACCCGUGAAUUCCUUUGGCAAGAAGGCCACACUGCUCACUUGACUUUGGAGAGUGCUGAUAAGGAAGUCAAGGAAAUCUUGGAUCUUUAUGAACAAAUCUACAAUGAUUACUUGGCCUUGCCCGUGGUCAAGGGUGUCAAGUCUGAAAAGGAAAGAUUUGCUGGUGGUUAUUACACGACCACAGUGGAAGGUUUUAUUCCUACCACAGGUCGUGCUAUUCAAGGUGGUACUUCUCACUGUCUUGGUCAAAACUUUAGUAAGAUGUUCAAUAUUACGGUGGAAGACCCCAGUGCCCCUGCAAAUGCCAACGAAGAAGCCAAAAAGCUCCAUGUAUGGCAAAACUCUUGGGGUAUCUCUACCCGUACCAUUGGUGUCAUGGUCAUGACACACGGUGAUGAUAAGGGUUUGGUCUUGCCUCCUCGUGUUGCUCUUAUUCAGACUGUGAUUGUUCCUUGUGGUUUGACUGUCAAGACAACCAAGGAAGAAUCAGAUAAGAUCUUUGAUGCCUGUCAAGCUGUGGCUACUCGUCUCAAGAAGGCUGGUCUUAAGAGCAAGGCUGAUCUUCGUGAAAACUAUACCCCUGGUUUCAAGUUUAACCAUUGGGAGAUCCGUGGUGUUCCUCUUCGUCUUGAAGUGGGUCCUAAAGAUUUGGAGAAGAACCAAGUCACUUGUGUUCGUCGUGACACAGGUGCCAAGUUCUCUGUCUCUCUUGAUAACCUUGAAGCUGGCAUCAAGGAAGCUCUUGAUACCAUUCAAAAUGACAUGUAUCAAAAGGCCAAGAACAAGAUGGAAGAAUCUAUUAUUCGUGUUAACAAGUGGGAAGACUUUGUUCCCACACUUAACAACAAGAAACUGCUUUUGGUUCCCUGGUGUGACCGUACUGAAUGUGAAGAUGAUAUCAAGGAACGUUCUGCCAAGGUUGCUACUGAAGGUGAAGAAGAAGAUGAGCGUGCUCCUUCCAUGGGUGCCAAAUCUCUCUGUAAGCCUUUCAAACAACCUACUGAAGAUCCUAUUGUUCCUGGUGUCACCAAGUGUGUUGCUUGUGACCAUCAUGCAAAGCACUUUAUGCUCUUUGGUAGAAGCUAUUAAGUUAUAUAAUAAAAAAAAUUCUUUCCCUUUUUGUAGUAGU